CGUUGAUCGUCCUACGGUUGCGCGGAGAAAAGAUGUUUGGGAACGGUGGGGAGAAAAACUUUUAAAGAAUAACGUUUGUCACUUGGGUCGUUCACGAGGAAAUCUCUGAUGUUUGGUUCCGAAAGACCAUGGACGCCACACAGCAAUUGAUCUGGGAGCCGGACGAGCAAGAUGAAGAGCAGGGAGGCUCCGAUCGUGAGCCCCGGGGCCGGCUCAGGAUAUUUGCAGGCAGCCAGCGAGCUGAGACUGAAUUUAUGGUUUACUCAGGUAUGAAUGUGAUCGGCCGACAUGAAAGCUGCCACAUCUGCAUCCCAGUGCAGUCAGUUUCCAAGAAGCACGCCGUGAUUGAGAUUGAAGGGGAUAACCACCUGAUUCAUGACUGCAAAAGCCUGAACAGCACCCGGCGUAAGAACGCCAUUCUGAAACCCUUCAUCCGCUACCAGAUCUGCGACGGGGACCUCUUCCUGUUCGGGGAUGUCGCCUGCCAGUACGUUAUGCUGCCUCCUGCUGCCCAACUUCUAGACUCGGACUCCGAGACGGACUCGGAAUCCAUGCUGCCCCAGAUGAGGCCGUGUGCGGGAACUGACGGGUGGGAAGAGCUGACAGACAGUGACCCCGCCCCUGAGGCAGCCAGUAGCAGUUUGGAAUCGGCAGACGAUUCGCUCGUGCUGUCACCCACCCAGCCGUACGGGCACAAGUUGGCGAUGCAGGUGGUACAGUCUGACGUCUACGUGAAGGAGUCUGAGGAUGACGACACCCCGUGGAAGGAGGCUCGAUCAAUCUCUUCCAGAAUGUCCCAAGAUCCAAACAUUUCUGUACAUCAGACUCCUUCGUCUCAUGUUGUCCCCGAAAGCGACGAUGAAGCAGAAAACACGCCGCAUUCCAACGUUCAGCCAUCGCAUUCCAACGUUCAGCCGUCGCAGCUGCAUUAUGACAGUGACACGGACUUGGACGAUGAUCAGCGAUCUGGUGAAGAACGGGCAGAGCACAGCUCCAAGCAGCCGGCUAAUGAGAUCAGCCCACAAUCUGUGGCAGGGCAGGACUCAGUGCCAGUGACCAGUGAUGCCAUGCUCAAUAAUUUAAGUGCCACUGAUGACAUGGCCGGGAAUAAGCCGGGCAAAGCAGUUGACCGAGAUGCGGGGGUGGUCUCUCCCCAGGGCCUCAUCACCUCCCCCUCUGCAGACAUCCAACCUUGUUUGAAACCCGGCAAGGAGGAUCUGAAGGAGGACAUUGUAGCGGACGAUAUCUUCUCCAGAGGGUCCACCAAAAUGGACUCCAGCCUUCUCAACGGUCCUGACACCCGAGAGGUCGCCAACACCUCCAUCGCACCAGAGGAGCAGGUGGACAGGCAUGAAGCUGAUGACAGUGCAAGCAAUAGCCCACGUGCACAGGAAGAAACCAAAGAGACGCUGGCUAACGUGGAGGUGGUGGAUGGUGUGGAAGCAGAUGUUGAUGAUGAUUCGAGUGAGUUCUAUGCUCUGCAACCAACUCAGUGCUUUGUCCUGACGGUUCCGAGCACACAGGAUGAAACACCGGAAAAAGAGAACCCUGUAACUGAUGGUGCCAACACGGAGGAAGAGGCCACCCAGGUCUACACCUGUGACUGCCCCAGCUUCAACCAAGAGCCUCAAAGUGAUAACCCUGCGACAGCGGCAGACAACACAGAGGAAGAGGGCACGCAGGUAUUUACCUUCCAGUCUCCGACUUUCAGCAAAGACCACGCCAGAAGUGACCCUGUGGCAGUGCAGAACCUGGAGGAAGAUUCAUCUCUCCACUCGCCUCCAUUCAACCUCCAGCCUCCAGUUUUCAGCGAAGAGCCUUUGCAAAGCUCCAUUACUACUGCUUCCGAUCAUGGGAAGGAACUCAGUCAGGAGGAAGGUGGCCGAGGAGCAGCGAGCGGCAGUGAGCAAGUGCAGGAGGAGAGUGACACGGUGCUGCUGGUGACCAAGGCCGCUGAUGCUGGUGCAUCGUUGCAGGAGUGUCCCCAGGAGCAAGAGCGAGGGGGACCCAAGGAGGAGGAGUGCUGGGCCAGUGAGGAGACCCAGCAGUUCCUCACCCAUGAGAGAGCUGUCGAAGAGGAGAAGGAGCAAGUGGAGGAGCCGGAAGAAACCCUCACACCGCUGGCGGAGGGACUUUCCACCUUGUGUACUGGGGAUCGCCCAACCCUCGGGCCAGCAGAUAGCCCACCAAGGACCGGGGCGGAGGAGAGCCUAGAGCCACUGGCAGCAGAGCCUGCGGGUAGCGGGAAGGCAGAGCACAGCAGGCGAGAGGAGGGGGAGCCCCAGAUCUCGCCAGAGCACGGGGGCCAGGGGGAAGCAGCCGGUGGGAAAUCUGAGGAAAGCAGCCAGGCCACACCAGCGGCAGGCCAGGUAAGCGGGAGACGCAGCAGGGCGAAGCCGAGAGCCACAGACUGCAAGGUCAGUGGCUGGCACCGGAAGGAGCAGCCCAUCCCCAGUGAACAGAGCUCAGAGAACAACAGGGAAGCGAGCCAGGAAGCCAUGGAGAACGGCCCACAGCCAAGCACUGAGGAGGCGGCUGCAACGCCACGGGCCGAAGCGACGACGGCCAGGCCGAGGAGGGGCAGGGGCAGGCAGAAGGCCUCCUCCCAAUCCACCACAGACCAGCAGCUUUGCCCUGCAAAUGGGAGCCCCUGCAGUCCCCCACAGCGUAAAGGCAGGCGGAGGUCAGUGGCUGCCCCGCGGGAGGUCACCCAGCAGACUGAGAGCCCACCAGAGCUGCGGCACACCGCCAGAGGCAAGAGGACACGGAGUACGCAGCCCUCUUCACAGCAGACAGAGUUGCCCUCAGGCCGUUUGCGGCGCUCGAGGGUGGCGAAUCAAAUCAACAACGAGAAAGAAACUGACACACCGCCGCAGACCAAAACCCGUCGGCAGACGUCCCAGCUCUCCCCUUCAGCGUCGGUGGCCUCCGUUACGGAGAAUGUCGCUCUGCCCAAGAGUACGCAGCCCUCUUCACAGCAGACAGAGUUGCCCUCAGGCCGUUUGCGGCGCUCGAGGGCGGAGAAUCAAAUCAACAGCGAGAAAGAAACUGACACACCGCCGCAGACCAAAACCCGUCGGCAGACGUCCCAGCUCUCCCCUUCAGCGUCGGUGGCCUCCGUUACGGAGAAUGUCGCUCUGCCCAAGAGUACGCAGCCCUCUUCACAGCAGACAGAGUUGCCCUCAGGCCGUUUGCGGCGGUCGAGGGCGGCGAAUCAAAUCAACAGCGAGAAAGAAACUGACACACCGCCGCAGACCAAAACCCGUCGGCACACGUCCCAGCUCUCCCCUUCAGCGUCGGUGGCCUCCGUUACGGAGAAUGUCGCUCUGCCCAAGAGUACGCAGCCCUCUUCACAGCAGACAGAGUUGCCCUCAGGCCAUUUGCGGCGCUCGAGGGCGGAGAAUCAAAUCAACAGCGAGAAAGAAACUGACACACCGCAGCAGACCAAAACCCGUCGGCAGACGUCCCAGCUCUCCCCUUCAGCGUCGGUGGCCUCCGUUACGGAGAAUGUCGCUCUGCCCAAGAGUACGCAGCCCUCUUCACAGCAGACAGAGUUGCCCUUAGGCCGUUUGCGGCGCUCAAGGGUGGCGAAUCAAAUCGACAGCGAGAAAGAAACCAGCACACCGCCGCAGAUCAAAACCCGUCGGCAGACGUCCCAGCUCUCCCCUUCAGCGUCGGUGGCCUCCGUUACGGAGAAUGUCGCUCUGCCCAAGGUCAUGUUCACCGGACUGGUGGAUGAGGACGGGAUGAAGGUGAUCACGCGGCUCGGGGGCGAGGUUGUGGAGUGCGUCCACAGUAGUACUCACCUGGUCACAGACCGGAUCCGCCGCACGGUUAAAUUCAUGUGUGCUGUUGCCAGGGGCAUCCCUGUGGUCACGCCAGACUGGCUGAAGAAGAGUGGGAUGAACAGCUACUUCCUGUCGCCUCGCAGCUUCCUGCUGGAGGACCGUGACCAGGAGCAGAACUUCAACUUCAAGCUCAAGGACUCCCUUCAGAAAGCCAAGGAGCAGCCGCUGCUGCAGGAAUACCAGAUCCACGUGACAGCGGGGGUGCAGCCCAACCCCAGCCAGAUGGCGGCCAUUCUGCAGUGCAGCGGUGCGACCGUGCUGCCCAAGAUGCCGAGAGCGUAUAAGGUGAGGAAGAGUCAAGGCCCGUCCACCUAAACUGAGAGCGAGUUUCGAUCGAUCCAAGCGCCAGGUGAAUUUGGAAAGUUUGUGCCCGGGCUGAAACAUGGCAGUGGGGUCUAGGCCCAGAGUGUAUGGAAUAACAGAGCUCGAUCCCUGGAGCGAGGAACGACCCGUUGUUCAGAUGACUUAAGCACCAGGCCAGGUUGAAAAGGCGGGGUAUCAGGACCAGAAGUGAAUGUCAGGCACUGUGCUGAACUGAGGCUGUGGCCUGCUCUGGGUUUAACGUCUGUGGAUUCAUUUCUGUUCUGAAUGCAGUUUGCUUACCUUUGUUGUUUGGUUUCUCUGCAUGUUGGUUGUUUGACAGUUUUGUUUUCUUGGGUUACACUUCAACUCAUCCCUCUGACUGCGAUGUCACCCAGUCAUUUGCCUGUCCUUCCUCACACACUGCAUCGAUUUGUAAACCAACGUCCCCAUCCUCAGCCAUUCAUUCUGGUUCCUUUCCCUCCACUAAACUAGUUUAAACCCUCCCCAACAGCUGUAGCAAACCUGCCCACAAGGAUAUUGGUUCCCUUGGGUUCAAAUAUAAUCUGUCCCUUUGUACAGUUUAUAUCUUCGCCAGAAGAGAUUUCAAUGAUCCAGAAAUCUAAAGCCCUGCUUCAGCCAUGCAUUCAUCUGCCACAUCAUCCUUUUCAUACCCUCACUGUGUGUGGCACAGGCAGCAAACCAGAGAUUACUACCCUGGAGGUCCAGCUUUUCAGCUUUCUACCCAACUCCCUUUAUUGUCUCCUUAGGACCUCCUCCCUUUUCCUAUUAAUGCUGUUUACCACAAUGUACCAUGGCAUCCGGCUGCUCACUCUCCCCCUUUAUAAUGCCGUGGACCUGAUCCGAGACAUCCCCGACCCUGGUAUUUGGAAUGCAAUGUAUCAUCUGAGAGUCUCUAUCACGUCCACAGAAUUGCCUGUCUGCUCCUAAUUAUGAAAUCCCCCAUCACUACUGCACUCCUUUUCCACCUGACCAUUGUGGCUUUCCUGUUAGGUCAUCCCACCCCACCAACAGUGUCCAAAGAAAUAUACUUGUUGUUGAAGGGAACAGCCACAGGGGUACUCUGCACUGGCUACCUAUCCCCUUUUCCCCUUCUGACGGUCACCUGGUUACCCGUGUCCUCUAACUUGGGUGUAAAUGCCUCCGUUUAUUCUGUCGAUCAACUCCUCAGUCUCCUGAAUGAUUUGGAGUUCAUGCAGUUCCAGCUCUAAUUCCUUAAUGCAGUCUGGAAGAAGCUGCAGCUCGAUAGUCUGGAGAUCUCCCUGCCUCUUCCCACAUACCACAAGAGGAGCGUUUCACUGUCCUACAGUUCUGUGCAGAAGGCUUAGGAAACCUAGCUAUAUUGUAUAUCUAGGGUUCCUAAGACUUUUGCACAGUACUGUAGUAAUUUUAUGUACUGUAUUGUACUGCUGCCGCAAAAAGAAUAUCGAAUUUCAUGACACGUGUGAGUGAUGAU